AUGCAACGGUUGCUCAUUGAGAUUUUGCUCGAUACGUCAUUGGACGGCAUGACCACCUUUGCUGAAAUCGAACAUCGCGCACUAUUCCGCAGUGAACGGGAGGUUCUGUUCGAUUGUGGUGCUCUUUUUAAUGUUACUUUUGUUGAAUACGACUGGUUUUCGGAAAUUUGGAACGUCAAAAUGGUGGCUGUUCCCAAAACUUCAUUCAGUGAACAUCCCUACCACAGUAUCGUACGAGAAACGUUCAUUCAGAAUCAUUCGGCUAUCGUCGCCUUCGGUAUCAGCAUGGCACACGGAUUUGGAAAAAAAGACGAAGCAAUUCGCUAUUUCGAUCAGAUGCUCUCGGCUUACUCAUCUGACCACAUUGAUAUUCCAGACGUCUUGCAACAACGAGCUAUUUUACAUGAAAAGAAUGGCGAACAUGCGUUGGCUUUUCGUGAUUACGGACAGGCGCUUGAUAUUCGUGGUGAACGAGUCCGUGAAAACCUUUUGGGAAUGGCCUCACUCCACAGCAACAUCGGUAUCCUGUAUAUGGCAACAUCCGACUUUCAGGCGAGCCUCAAAAGUCAUCGGGCAGCAUUGAGCAUUUUCGAACAAUUGUAUGGGACAGAGGAAGAUCAUGUAACAAAAGCAAAAGCGAACAAAAACAUCGGCUUGACUUAUCAAUGCGAUAGUAUGUCAUCCAAGGCACUCGAAUAUUUGACACGCGCUCAGAUCACAUAUGAACGAAUUUUGCCUGAAAAACAUCUCUUGGCCAUUGAACUUCUGGGACACAUCCGGACUGUUCACGAAGCUACAAACAAUUUCACCUUAGCCAUCGAGUUGUUUCGUCGUCCGUUGGACUGGAGCUAA